AUGGGAGCUCUUAUGACAAAGCCUCGCAGCGGUGAUAAUCCACCAAAGAAGAUUCGUACACGAACGUACAGUGGAAGUAGUCUGAACAAGAAGCCCAACCUCUUUAAGUCUUUAUCCAAGCGCAAGGAUGAAACGGUGAGGAAAUCGGCCACUCUCCAGCCAACCAGAACCGGAGAUAACCUUCAAGUUCCCCCCGAAGCCGUUACAGAACCAAUUUUGGCUGCUCCAGUCUCUUGUGAAAUAAAGUCAUCCUCUGUUGCCCUUAAUUCCCAGCUUCCCAAAGGUGCAGAUGAAGUAGUGACUCAAGAAUCUACAGCUCUGACGGAGGAGGCAAUUUCUAAGGCAACUGACUCCAUUUUGAAGGAAGGAGAGGCGGAACCAUCUGUCACUAUGGGGAAACAUCAUACAGGAUCUGAGGAGCAGACCGUGGUCGAAGAUGCUGAUGGCAUUGCGCAGAAAGUCGCAGAGGAGGUGAUUAAGGGUUCUGUCGAGGACAUCAUGGAGGCGACGGAGGAUGGAGGGGAAUUCUCUCCAAAACACCCAGCGGAACCAGAUUUACAGUUGAGUGAAUGUCAAUGCGGAGUUGAACCUGAUGAACCAAAGCCUGAACCUAUUAAUGAGGUAGUUCAUGACUAUCAGGAAUCCGAGAUCGCCGAAAUUUUGGUGAACGAGGCUCUUAAUGCUGGGGUGGAAGCUGAGAUUGAGUCAAAGCAGGCUCCUUCUCCAAUAGCCAUAGAAAAUCCUCUUCCAGAACCCAUAGACGAUGAACAACCAGGAUCAAACGUUGAGGAACAGCGUCCACUCUCCUCGGAUCAGAGCUCUGAUUACGUGGAAGCUUUACAACAGAGCCAGUCGGUUAGCGAAGCCUUUGCAGACCCCAACGAAAUAACCGACGGAACAAAGAAUGUGGAGGUUGCAUGUCUCAAUGAAGAGUCGAAGAAUGAUGACUUAAAAGGGGCUCUUUUAAAUGAAGAUCUCGAGGCUGAUGCCAAAACUGAGGCGAUCACUCAAGAAGAGACUGGUGCCCCGAUCAGCAACGGUGUUUCAAAUGGUCAUGACGAGGUUUUGCAUGGAGACGAGAUGAGUACUGACGAGAACGGCUGUUUGGAAGAGGUUCCUGAAUCAGAUCCGAUUGCUAUUUUGAAGACCUCCAUCGGCGAAGAUGUUGAGCAUAACGAUUCGACAACAGUUCACGAAUGA